AUGUCUGACCAAAUAUCCACAUCUGUGGAUACUAGUAAAAUGGAACUCUUUUUUGAAAUAUUGCGUCGUAAAACGCAUAUUUUUUGUGAUGUAAAAGAAAAUGCGACAGUUUUGGAACUUAAGAAAAUAAUUGAAGGUAUUCUAAAGGUGCCAAUCAAUAAGCAGAUUUUGAAGAAGCAAACCGAGGAUGGUUUCUGGCAUACAAUUGAGGACCGUCAAACUCUUUCGGAGUGUGGUUAUACCCCUCAGAAUUCUCGUGCUCAAGCACCGGCACCGCUAGCACUUGUUGUUGCUAACGAAGAAGAGGACGUUAUCAUUGAACCUCUAUCAAUUCCACCACCUGUACCAGAUGCAAUGAGGCCUGAACAAGCCGCUACAAAUGAACAGUGA